GAUUCACCAAGGGAUCGCAUCUCCGAAGCUCCAAGGCUCGCGACACAGCUCUGGGACUGCUGAAGGAAGAUUGGACUCAACUCAUCUGCCCAGCAGAAGGAGAAGACUCCGUCUUCAGAUGAACCUGAGACACCAACUGAAGAUUCUGUCUGCGGCACUACUGGGAGAAGAGCUGAGCCUGAGUGAGCACGGAACCAGUCACAGCAGCGGUCCCCAGCCUUGCCGCUCUCGGGAGCAACCUAGAGCCGUCAGGACAACCAGGGAAGGUCGAAGGCCUGAUCACCCGACGUCCGACCCGCAUCAACUAGACUUAUCCCCAAGAAGCAAACUCAUCCUCACUGGACUUUUUGUCUUCACUACUGGCUUCAUUAUCGGGGGAGGCGUGAGCCUGGACUACCUGAGGGGAUGGAUCCUCUGGGUGCUCGCUCCCAAUUUGUGGACAUCCAGACCCUCCCCACCUGGCAGGAGACGCUGGGCAAGGACGGCCAGCAGAUGCCGCAGGACCUGAGCGACAGCCUGCUUAACCAGCAGUCCUUCCCAUCGCCCUUCCCCUUCAGGCUGGAUAUCAACCGCAAAAUCGUCCUCUUCACCGGCGAUGUGGCGCUGUUGAGCUGCACCGCCAUCACCAACACCAGCAACGAGCUGCUGACUGACAAGAACGGCGUGUCGGACCGCAUCCAUCAGCUGGCAGGACCCAAGCUGAGAGACGAGCUUCUCAAACUGAAAGGGUGUCGCACAGGCGAGGCCAAGCAGACCAAAGCCUUCAACCUGGCGGCGAGGUUCAUCAUCCACACGGUGGGGCCAAAGUACAAAGCCAGGUACAGGACGGCGGCCGAGAGCUCACUGUACAGCUGCUACAGGAACAUCCUGCAGCUGGCCACGGAGCAGUCGAUGGCGUCCGUCGGCCUUUGUGUGGUCAGCACGGCCAAACGAGGGUACCCGCUGGAGGAUGCCACGCACAUCGCCUUCAGGACAGUGCGCAGGUUUCUGGAGAAGCACGGAAGCAGCAUUGAGGCUGUGGUGUUUGCCGUGUCCGACAUAGAGGAGCCUGUGUACAAGAAGUUGCUUCCGCUGUACUACCCUCGCUCUGACGAAGAGGAGAGGGCGUGUCUGCCCCUCAUUCCGGCCGACAUCGGCAACUCUGAAGGCGAACCUGUCGUCCCAGAGAGGCAGAUCCGCAUUGCAGAGAAACCAGGAAGCCUGGAAGAUAAUUCAGAGGAGGACACCCUGGAGUCGGACCUGGGGCAGGUGGGCAACCACGCCUUCGCCCGCAUGGAGGGCGACGUGGACAAGCAACGCAAGUUGAUCCUGCAGGGUCACAUGUCGGAGGCGGCCGUGCAGAAGCAGCACCAGAGGAACUACAACCGCUGGCUGUGUAGAGCCAGAGCAGAGGACCUGUCGGACGUGGCCGCCCUGAAGGCGUUAUAUCAGACAGGUGUGGAUAUGCGUGGCAGGACGGUGAUGGUUGUGGUCGGAAGAAACAUUCCAGUGACCCUCAUCGACCUCGAGAAGGCCCUGCUGUACUUCAUCCACGUGAUGGACCACAUCACGGUGAAGGAGUAUGUGAUGGUGUACUUCCACACGCUGACGGGGGAACACAACCACCUGGACUCGGACUUCCUAAAGAACCUCUAUGAUAUUGUGGACGCCAAGUUUAAGAAGAAUCUAAAGGCCUUCUACUUUGUACAUCCAACUUUUCGCUCCAAGGUGUCCACGUGGUUCUUCACCACCUUCAGUGUGUCAGGCGUGAAGGAAAAGGUGCAUUACCUGGACAACCUGCAGCAGCUCUUCACCUGCAUCAAGCCCGAGCAGAUCGACAUCCCGCCUUUCGUCCUGGAGUAUGACGCACGGGUGAGCACACAACAAAACAUGAGGUGGCCACUAUGGUUGAUACAGCAUAUUAGGAAAAAAAACUAGGGCUGUGAAUUUGAUUAAAAUAAUUUGUAUUAUUAUUAAGUGUGAUUAAUUGCAUUUUGUCCAUAGUUAACUUGUAAUAAAUCACAAUUAAUUGCAGAAAGAAAGAAGUUUUUAUCUACAGUAAGUGGGGAUGUCCGAUACUGGCUUUAUUGCCGAUAUCUGCUUUGGCGUUAUUGUCCAAUUCUCAAUUUCCGAUAUCAACAGAUACCAAUACCGAUACGUGUAACAUCCCAUAUCUGCUGUCACGGAAUUAACACAUUGUGGUGACCCACAAUAUUGUUUUAGACAUUCAUCAAGUGUACUUCCCUUCCCAGGUCAUGAGGUUGUUGUAGCCACUUAGCUGUCGCUAAAGAGUUGUUGCUUGUUGUUGAGAUAUUUCUUUGAUUGAUUGAUUGAUUAGGGACAAUGCAUAUUGAUGAUCGUCUGCAUACAGUACAGAUGUAAAUAUGCCAGAUCAUAGCACAACUGCUAGUUUCCAUCUGUAGUCCCCUGGCAGGUGACAAGAAACAACAAUAAAUCAUGUAAAAACAAUGAAAGACAAAAAUAAAUACAGAACAUGAAAAGGUUAAAAAAAAAAAAAAAAGUUGAGUGGAGAGUAAACUGAUUGUUGCCAACUACCUCGACUGCUGUCUCGUUGUGGGUCGCAGCUCCACAUGCGGUGGCCCUCGACGUGGGUGGGGGUGUCGGCUGACGGCGGUGGCAGCGGCGGGGCCGUAUUGGCGUCCGUGCUGUCUGCUCCGGCCGCCCGGCCCACUCCCUUGGUUUCGGCGCAUGUGUGAUGAUGUGUUUCCGUGUGGUGGUCACGCUGGAUGCCGCAACGACGGCCAGUCCAGGUGCCCAUAGGCCUACAUGCAGCACUUUUUAAAAUUGGUUUUCAUUACAGAGAAAAACCCAAGACUGCUAUCCACCGAUAUUACAUUUCUAUGCAGAUAUCAGGCCGCUAAUAUCCGUGGGCCGGUCAUCUACCAGGGCUUUGAAUCUAAACUUACCAUUCAAAAUACUCUUUUCUUUCUCCAUUUCUGCUGCACUUCCUUGAACCACAGCGGGGGCCGAGGGUCAAACAGGACAUGCACAUGUUAACAAAAAUAGUGGCGUUAAAGGGAAUUCCCGUUAACUCGUUAUUAAUGUGUUAACUUUGACAACCCUAAAAAUACCACAAGGAAGAGACCUGCCUGAUGAUGAAUUAUGUCAGCCCUACGUAUCAUGUGGGGCAGCUUCAUGACAAAGUUGCCACUUGGGUUCUGGUAAAAACAAAAAGUGACAUGUUAUUUUUACUAAUGCUGCUUGAAGUUGGGUUGUGCAGGUGUGUAGAUCUAUCAGUCAGCCUAGUGAAGAGCCAGCAGAGAUAUACUGUAUGAAAGUGCAGCGCAAGCCUCCAAUGGACUGUGACUGCUCUGGAUGCUGGAAGCAAAUCUAAAUUGAAAGUUGCAGUCAACGAAUUCAGUAGGUUGGGGUUUUCUUCUAAAAGACAGAACUUGUUUCAUGUUUUGAAUGCUGUAUACAGCAGGGUGCCCAAAGUUUUUCCACCAAGGGCCAGAUACUGAAAAAAAGAAUGUGGGGGUCGCUUUUACAUUUUCUAAACCCGGGGUGCCCACACUUUUUCAGCCUACAAGCGACUUUUAAAAUGACCAAGUCCGAAAGAGCUACCUCCUACUAUAAACACAGAGAGUAUAUGUCCAUUCAUUUUCUAUUCCGCUUGUCCUCACUAGAGUCGCAGGGCUAUGCUGGAGCCUAUCCCCGCUGACUUCGGGCAAGAGGCAGAGUACAGGGGACUGGUCGCCAGCCAAUCAGAGGGCACAUAUAGACAUUUGGAGUCGCUAAUUAACCUAACAUGCAUGUUUUUGGAAUGCGGGAGGAAGCCGGUGUACCUGGAAAAACGCACGCACGCAUGCACGGGGAGAACAUGCAAACUCCACACAGGGAGAAUUGAGACAAUGGAGAUUUGAACCCAGAUCUCCUGACUGUGUGGCCAACAUGCAGGGCACUACUAGGCCACCGUGCGGUCGAGAACAUACAGUAUAUACAGUCAAACCUGUCUUAGCGGCCACCUUUAUAGAACAGCCACCUGCCUAUAGCAGCCACUGAAAAAAAAAUUCUCCCCCCCCCAGCAAAUUUACAUGUUAUAGACCCUGUGUAUAGCAGUCACCUGUCCAACACGGCCAGCGGCCACCCAUUUUGUCUCCCUUGGUCAAUAUCUGACCGCAUAUAGCGGCCAAAUUACCGACUCAAGUAGAAGCUUCAUGCACGAAAAAGUUUUGUUUUUCAAUCAAUGAAGCCGUCGUGUGUAGACUUUAAUUACUGAGUCCUAGCUCAGUCACAAUCAUUCACAAGAUCCACACAAACUGUCAGUUGUUCCACAUAAAAAAGCCGUCUUCUUUUGAGCUUGCUAUUUCCUGCUCAAACAUGUAACUUUAAGAGCAUUUGCACCAAAACAUUACCACAAAGUAGGCUGGGAACAGGACGUGCUCCCAGUGACGCUACAAUUUAAAAAAAACAUACGCUAGCAUGCAUGCGGCAGCGGGAGCAAAACUGAGUUGGGUUGUACUUAAUUGAAGUAUUUUAGAAUGUACUCACGUUAUUUUUCAUCAAUCCUCAUCCACAAAUCCAUCAAAGUCCUCAUCUUCUGUAUUCGACACAAACAAAGCCGUCUUCUUUUCCGUUCGCUACUAGUCUGUUAACUUGUCAGUGUUAUUCAGCUCCGAAGCAAACAAGGAAACUUCUCCUGUUGCUUCUGCCAACUUUAUUUAUUGAACGCGGCCACCAGACAGCAGCUCAGAACACACACACAUCUCUCAGCAUCGUCUCUCCUUCCUGCUUGCCCAGAAGGCAAAGGUUAAACAAGCCCCACUACAUAGCUGUCCAGGCAAUGCCUGUAACAAGUGACACCGUUUAUUUCCUGGUGUGAGACAAUGUGCACAAUGUGUGUCAAUACUGAAAUGCCGCUUGUUGUGGGGAAGGAGAGACUCACGUCGCCGAUGCACUUUAAUGGCUUUAUUAACAGCGGAGAACACUGCAGGACUUUACAUCCACGCCAACAUAAACACACUUCCCAACUCUCUUGAAACUCACAGCUAGCACUCAGCCUAGCUCUCCUGCUCGGGACGCCCACCGUCACUUCCUGAUGAACUAAAGCUGUAAUGACACUCUACCGUAUAAAAAGUAAAAUAUUAAAAACAAGCGUAAGACAUUACUAGCACAGCUUUGUUCUGUGGGUCGUGGAUAUAUUCUAUCAGUUAUUAUUAAGCCUCUAGCUUUCUUUUAGUAAGUAAAAACCUUGGCUAUGAUUGCACUACAUUGUCAUGUAGACCUACAAAGUACACUUGGAAGAACAAGAGGUGAAUAAAUGUAUUGCAACUGAUGUGAAACUGAUGAGGGGUAGGAUUAAAUAAGCUUUGCUUCUUCCUACUCCUUUUUGGACAUGCAAAAUUGUGAAUUGUACUAUGUGAUGUGCUACUGUUUGACUCAUAUGCAUGUUCAGAAUUAAAACCAUGAACCAUGAUAAUAACAAGCCUAGUAGUGCUGUACAACUUUUAUCCGCAGUCUGCAGUGCCCUCUACUGGUCAACAUUAUUAUUAUUAUUAUUUUCUCUUUUUUUUUCUUUUUUUUCCCUCUACUGGUCAACAUUCAAACUGGACGCCAACCUGUCUAUAGAGGCCACCUGUCUAUACCGGCCACUUUUGCAGACUCUCUCUAGUGGCCUCUAUAGACAAGUUUGACUGUAUUUAAUAUAUUUCUAAAUGUAAGUAUUUAUGGACACCAUACAUGCAUAUCAACGGUGCACACACUGUCUGAGCAUGCAAAAUGAACUACCUCUUACCAUAAAACAUAACAUACAGUGGUGUGAAAAAUUGUUUGCCCCCUUCCUGAGUUCUUUUUUUUUUUUUUUUUUUUUUUGCAUGUUUGUCACACUUAAAUGUUUCAGAACAUCAAACAAAUGUAAAUAUUAGUAAAUGACAACACAACUCAACCCUUGAUGCACUUUUUAAAUCAAACUUUUUAUUAUUAAGGAAGAAAAAAAAUCCAAACCUCCAUGGCCCCGUGUGGAAAAAGUGAUUUCCCCCACCCCACCCCACCAAGAAAGAAAGUAUUUGAGAUCUAUCAGUGUGGAAAAGGUUAGAAAGCCAUUUCUAAAGCUUUGGGACUCCAGUCAACCACAGCGAGAGCCAUUAUCCACAAAUGUCCAAAACAUGGAACAGUGGUGAACCUUCCCAGAAGGGGCCGGCCAACCAAAAUGACCCCAAGAGCGCAGCAACGACUCAUCCGAGAGGUCACAAAAGACCCCACAGCAACAUCCAAAGAACCGCAGGCCUCACUUGCGUCAGUUAAGGUCAGUGUUCAUGACUCCACCAUAAGAAAGACGCUGGGCAAAAACAGCCUGCAUGGCAGAGUUCCAAGACCAAAUACACUAAGUCCCCAACUAACGACCACAAUUGGUUCCAGACGACCGUUCUUAAGUCGAAUCGUUCUUAAGUCGGAACAAAAUUAAUACUACCAAUGAUAUAGGUACUACAUGUACGUGUAUACAUAUACAGUAUAUGUGUAUGUAUGUAAAUAUGAGUUUGGAUGCAGUAGUAAUAUUAAACCAGGAUAAUUCAUGAAAAAAACAAUAAUAAAAGUGAUAUAAUAAUACGUAAUGAUAAAUGUUAUUUACCUUUGAAGAGGAGUGGUCGAGCAUACGUCGUUGUGGAGGAGGAGGAAUUAUUGAAAAAAGGACAAAUCUUCGUCGUCGUUAGAUUCCUCCAAAAGUGGUAGUUCAGGGGAAACUACUGAGGUGGAAGGAAUUGGCGACGAAGGUGCAGACGAAGGUGUCGGCAUUGGUGGCAAGUCACAUGGUGACGACGGUACAGGAGUAGCAGAUGUCCGUUUGUAGAAGCUUUUAAUGGAAGUUUGUAUGGUCUUCCUUUUCUUGUCCUCGUAGAUGAUACGGUAGCACUGUAGAGUGUCGUUGAUACUGGUUGAGACCUUCAAGAACCUCUCAACAUUAGGGUCUUGACCCUCCAGAAGCAUUAACCCCUCUUCAAAUUUCGAAAAGGCAGACAAAAGAAGCUUUGUGUCAAACCUCUUAAUGGGAAGUGUUUCUUCUUCUUGCGCUUCCUCCUCCUGCUGUUGGCGCUGCAUCUCCUCCAACUCCAUAAGUUCUUCAUUGGUUAGCUCCUCUGAAUGCGACUCGAAAAGCUCCUCAAAAUCAUCCUCCUCCAAUUUGAGCUGCAGCUUCUUGCUGAUCUCUAUCAAGCUGGCAACCACCUUCUUGCUCUCCUCCUGUUGAUCGAAACCUUUAAAGUUGUGGCAAAACUAUGGGGUCAGAUACUUCCAUAGACCGUGCAUAUUUGAUUGAGUGACCUCACGCCACGCAGCAUCGAUAUUCUUGAUGCAGUCGUAGAUGUUAUACGACUUCCAGAAGUCACGUAGAACAGCCUCGGUGUUCUCUUGGUCCACGGCUUGAAGUGCUUGUCUGUGCGUGCGUCGGGUGUAAUAUUUUUUAAAGUUGGAAAUCACACCUUGAUCCAUCGGCUGUAUGAUAGAGGUGGUGUUGGGAGGGAGAUGGACCACCUUAACAUCUGGAUGGAAGUCGUCCAAGUGCGGUGGAUGCCCGGGUGCAUUAUCGAGUAUCAAAAGAAUCUUGAACGGGAUGUCAUUCUCGCGACAAUACAGCUUGACCUUAGGGAUAAAGUGGUGGUAGAACCAAUCCUCAAAUGGCAAGAGUUACCCAGGCCUUGUUGUUAAACAUCCAAAUAAUAAUGAAGUCUUGGUCACGUUCUUGGUCAAGUGCUCUGGGGUUUGCAGCAUGGUAAACAAGGAGAGGCUUCACCUUAAAGUCACCAGACGCAUUUCCGCCAAGCAUCAGCGUGAGUCGAUCCUUGGCCGCUUUGUACCAGGGCGUACUUUUCUCCUCGCGGCUCAUGUAGGUCCUCGUUGGCGUCUUCUUCCAAAAAAGGCCCAUUUCAGCGACAUUGAAGAUUUGUUGGGGAGUGUAUCGAUGAUAACCUUUAGGAUAGAAGGAAAUUCUUCGGCAGCCUUUUUAUCCACACUUGCAAGCUCACCUUUUAACUUAAGGUUGCGCAAAUUUGCUCGCUGUUUAAAACGAAAAAAAACAACCACGGCUAGCCACAAAGGUGCCUUCAUCAGCAGCAUCCUCUCCUGCCUUUGCCUUCACAUCUUCAAAAAGGCUUCUAGCCAUUUCCUGGAGCAACGAAAGGGAAACAAGUAUGCAUCGUUGAUUCAUGUUGUCCAGCCACAUACACAGGAGUUUUUCCAUCUCUCCCAUGCAUUUGCCUCUCCUCUUUGUAAUGAUAGUGGAUAGUGGAUGGUACAGAAGUCUUCACAUGUUCCAUAAUGUGAACCUUGCCUUUGUAAAUUGUUCCUCUGGUUGAGCGAUUCACUCCAUAAGCACGUGCAUUACAUUAGCCAUUUUCUCACCACCGUCCAACUUCCUGAUGAUGGCCACCUUUGUUUCCAUGGAAAUUGCUUGACGUUUCCUGCCACUACUACUAGCACUUGCACUUGAUUUAUCAGCCAUGAUAACGGAUAACAAACAUCUCUGUAAAGUAUCGAAUGGGGUACAAACGGUGUGCUCCGAGAUGUUAUCAGCGACAAGUGCAGCGACGAACUGAGAAAGAUCGCGCGAGAGGGAUGCUGCUACCCACAAUUCAUAGCGGCGGAAUGGCGCAUAGUACAUUAUUUCGAAAAAAUUUAAAUGACAAAAUAUGGCAAUUUUCGAGAAAAAUCAUGAAAAAAAUAGACCAGUCGACUUGUGUUUGCAAGUUGGGGACUUAGUGUACUCUGUGGUCUGAUGAAACAAAAGUUAAACUUUUUGGAAGGUGUGUGUCCUAUUACAUCUGGCGUCAAAGUAACGCCACAUUUCCGAAACAAAAAAAAAAACCCAUCAUAGCAACAGUAAAACAUGGUGGUGGUAGUGUGAUGGUCUUCAGGACCUGGAAGACUUGCUGUGAUCAUUUGAAGCAUGAAUUGUGCUGAAGGAGAAUGUCGGUGACCUCAAGCUGAAAGCAACAUGGGUUCUGCAGCAGGACAAUGAUCCAAAACACCAGCAAGUCCACCUCUGAAUGGCUGAAGACUUUGGAGUGGUCUAGUCCAAGUCCUGACCUGAAUCCUAUUGAGAUGCUGUGGUAUGACCUUCAAAAGGAAAAGCCUCCAAUGUGGCUGAAUGACAAUAAUUCUGCUAAAUUCUUCCCCAGCGCUGGAAGAGACUCAUUGCAAGUUGAUUGCAGUUGUUUUUGCUAAGGGGGGGCAACCACUUUUUAGCUUUAGGGGGGCAAUCACUUUUUCACACAGGGACAUGUAGCUUUGGAUUGUUUUCAUCCCUGAAUAAUAAAAACUUUGAUUUAAAAAGUGCAUCGAGUGUUGAGUUGUGUUGUCAUUGACUAAUAUUUAUGUUUGUUUGAUCUUAAACAGUGUGACAAACAUGCAAAAAAAUAAGGGCAAACACUUAUUCACACCCCUGUAUAUUAAUAUCUAACCGGUAACUUUGAACACAUUCAGUUUCAAAGUUUACAGGUCACCAAAAUAGUUGAUAGCAUUCAGUAAUUCCCAAUUCAAAUGAAUUCAAUUCAAUAUGGAAUGAAGAUAAUUACACGUAAUUGCUCAGUAGUCGUGUACAUAACCUGAGUAUUAUGUCAGUCAAAAGAGUAAUAAUGUAGUGUUCAUUAUACACACACUUCAUGUAUUAUGUCCAGUUAGCAUUUAGAUCAAACAUUACAGACAUUCCACAAAUGAAAGUGAUUAUGCAGCCGAAGCCAAGGCGACAUAUUAAAAAGGUUUUCAGCAAUGGGCACAUUUUCCAAUUCAUUAUGAAAUAAAACCGUCACAAAUGAAAGUGUAGAAAAAACACAUUUCUAUAGUGGAGUUCAGGACGCACAGCACAGCCAUCAAACAGCUGACUGUUUUUGAACAUAGCUAGAUGCCACAAGUGAAAGGAGAACCUUUGCUACAGAUAUCAGCAUCUUACUGCCGAGUUGGAUUAUCCGUAAUCGGAAUAAUAAAGAUGAACGUUGCAUUUUUCUGUCUGUUCACCACGUACUUUACCGGGGAGGCGCAGCAGUAAAUCAGGAGGGGGGCCUUCAUGUCGGCUGACUGAUGUCAUAUGACAUCUACAUCGGCCCACACUACCCUUGCCAUGUACGUGAUGGGAACCCCUGUUCUAAAUCCAUGUAGCUAUGCUGAGAUGUUUUUUUAUAUUUAAAGAAUAAAUAACCUGCACCUCCGCUUUGUGAGAUCAGUGACAAGCAUGUUAAUAUGAAUUCACUUCUGCUCAAGUUAUGCUUUUUUGCUUGUUAUUCCAUUUUUGCUGUUUUUAUUUUAUUUUUACAAAUAUUUCAUCUUUCUUCUUGUACAUUUUUUCUCUUAUUAUGUCUUUAUUCUGAUAUAUUUUUGACUUUAUCAUAACAUUAUAACUUUUACCUAACCUAUAUAUCUUAAAUUGCAACUUGUUUUUUUGUUUUUUGUAAUAUUCUUACUGUUUAAAAAAAAAUUCUAAUUAUAUUAGCAUUUUUAGUCUUUAAUAUUUCUACUUUAUGCAUUUUUUUCUCUUAUGACUUUAUUCUCCCAAUAUUUUGUCUUUGUUUUGUUUUCAUAAUAUUUGGACUGUUUAAAAAAAAAAUGCAUUUUUAUUAGUUAAUACUUCUACUUUAUGAUUUUUUUUCUCUGAAUACUAUUACUUUAUUCUCCUUUGUCAUUAUUCUCAUAAUAUUACUGCUUUUUUGCCCAAUUUUUACUAUUUUUACAUUUUUCUUCUUGACCUGUACUUUGAGAAGGGGCCAAGGGCCAAUAAAAAAACAGCCGUGGGCUGUAAAUGGCCCCUGGGCCCCACUUUGGGCACCCCUUGUAUACAGGACACAGAUCUCACAUUUGAGCAAGCAUUUUCUUGUGCCAAGGGACAACGCUGGCGAUACUUUGGAUCAUCAGUGCAGCAGCCCCACCAGUGGUGUCAUCACGGAUUCCACUCACAACCUGUGCACCUUUGUUCAGUUCCAUGCCCAAGAGGAUCAAAGCAGUGCUGGAUAACGGCGUUCACACUAAAUAUUCACACCAACCACACAAUUUGGACUUGUUCACUGUGAGCUGGACUCACUUGUGUUGCCACAUAGUCACACAAUAAUGACUGCGUUGUUGACAGGAAAUCCAUACCGCAUUUGAAGCUGUACACUGAAUACUCUAAAGUUUAUCCAGGUUUACGUUCUACAUUAUUGUCUCUUGACAAAAUAGAAUCAAUAUGUGACGGCGCUACUCGUGUAAAAAUGGCGUUUUAGUGGUCCGUGUGACACAAACAGCCCGCCAUCCGGCGUCCUUCGUUGCUGUGAUAAGCGGCGUGAGAGAGGAACACCUGAGCUGGAAAAGUCCGCUUCGCUUGGAGGGUGGCGGCUUCCUGGAAUGGAAGUUUCCACAGAUAAAGACCGACUGAAUAAGCCAUGUUUUCCAGAGUUGGCAGCGACUUGUCGAAGUGACUCGGGUCAGGUCAGGCGGUGUUUGAAGACCCAUUGAGUCCUGGCUUCAGGUCCUUGUUAGAGUCGGUUCUUAUGCCCAAUCUGGGCCAGUUUCCGCAUGCAGUGCAUGAACGGAGUGAGCCCUUUUGUCAUCAUACUCUUUGUCUCGGCGGGCCGCUAGCAUACAGUGCGAAAAGUGUAGCGUAGGAGAAACGAUAGUAACUGAUUGCAAUGCAUCAUCAUGUACUUUUCUUAUAAGAAAAGCUAAAUUCUCGUCUUCUCUUGUUCUCAUAGACCCAUGUCUCUCAUGUUUGGUCUGGUCUUGUGACACCCCUCGUAGAUAGUGAUACCUUCACUGCUGCCCUCUGCAGGUUCUUGCUGAUGUCACAGCAACAGCAACAGUUGUUUUGGGGUUACUUAGUACACCAGUGCUUGCUUUCUUCUUCAGGACAUUCCAAAUGGUUGUGGUGGCUAUGAGCAAUGUUUGUGCAGUGCUUCUGAUCCAUUUUUCCAUCUUCUCUCUGAUUCGCUGUUGCUUGUUUUUUACCCAAAAACAGCUCUCUGCUUUUCAUGUUGUUUUCACCUCUAAAUGCAGUCUACACAGGCAAAACCUAUCCUACCCAAUCCGAAAGUGAGCAUAGUGCUAUUUAUUGGUUGAAUAUGUGAUGUAACAGGACGCACCUGUCAGUCACAGGUUCCAGUACUGUGGCCAUGUGCGUGCUGAAUAAAGUAGUGUACAGUUGAAAUGUUGCCAGUCGUAAAUAAAAGAUAAAUCAGCUGACAGCUCUAAUAGCCAUGAAAGCAGCCUGGACACUUGAUUUAUUCCCUUUUACCUUAAGCACCACACAUUCUGAUUUAAUAGAGGUAUUUGUUUCUAUUAUUGUAUUCAGUUGUUUCGUUAUCCUGAACUAAAAAAAGAAAUUCAUUUCCCAGGUAUUCGUAUUACUCCAAAAUGUGCAUCAAAUUCAGUUCAAGUUUGAGUCAAAUAGCACAAAAAUCAUUUCACACAAAUAAAAAAGGCAAUGUAGAUUUUAAAAUAAUGACUUAUGUGCCAGGAGGCCCUUGGGAUUGUCUAACGGCGCCACCAACCAAUACCACUCAUCAGAAAUAAAGUGGAAAAUCUCCAGUUAAUCCAAGUGAUUGGCAUCUCACUCAUGGAUGAUCGGUACCAGAAUCAGCAGCAUAAAACCCUGAUGGGAGCAUCCCUAGUGUGUUUUGAUGUUUUUGGUGGUAGGAAUCCAAGGGUCGUUCCUUGAGAGUCUCUUGACUGUGGAUCUCCAGAUCUGUCUCCCAUCUCCAUACCAGAUCCCUGCUAGCCAGCUAGAGUUCGUUGAAGAAGUCCUGGUUGUGCUCCCACCAGAGAAGAUCCAGUAUUCCUGAACUGUUUUCUGUCCUCUCCA